AAUAUUAACUUGAAAUAUCCUGUAGUUUCAACUCUAUUGGAGAUCACAUUGAAACGCAAUCAUGAAUAAAGCAGUUGUGCUCCUUAUUCUCUGCAGUUUGUUUGCAUAUAAAGUGUGUGGCUUCACUGAGGAGAACAAGCCAAACCAUGUACAACCAUGUGCAAAUAAAAUACCUGGCACUUCUUGCAUUGCAUCACCAGCUGGGGUAUCAGUCUGGUUCAGUUUUAAUAAUGGCAAUUGCAGAUGUUUUGAUUAUUCAGAAGAAAUGAUUGUAUACAAUCCACAAAAAACAUGCAAAAGUAUUUUAUUGUGCCGCAUGCUGCAUACUAUGGUAAGUAUGCAUAGUUUACAUUUCAACCCGGUUGGCACUUUACAAACAUCUUUUCAAGCACAAUCAAAAGGUCAAGAUAAGCAGCCAUCAAUUUCAAUGGUAAAGGAUCAAGACAGUGAAAAGCUUGUUACAGUUUUUUCCCCCAAAAUUUUAGAUUCAUCAAAACCCACUAAUAUCAGUAUAUCCUGCCUUUCAAAAUUGUUACAGAAAGAAGUACCUUCUCUUCUUUUGAAUCUGCAACGCUUGCUUUGUCUGUUCCAGCAAGGAAAGGAUGAACACAAUGAAGCACUGUACAAAGACUUUCUGAAACAGUUGAAUAUGGUUCUUAAAGAAGGUGGCUGUUCUCUUGAUGAAGUUCUAGGUACAACAAAUAUUCUGGAACAAAUUACUGACAAUGCAGGAAAAAUUGCUGAUAGACUGGUUUAUGAAAUCCUCAAAACUGCGGAUGAUCUAAAGAUUACAGGAAAACUGUUAAAUUUUGUUUGCAAGCUACUGGGAAAGACACUUACUAGUCUGAGUAAAGUACUGAGCAACAUAAAUCUGAAUCUUGAUUUGGGCUUGAAAGGAAUUACUGGGCUUUUAGGAUGAUGAGAAGAAUUCAGACUGGUUGUCAUCCGGUGACACAAAUAUAUCACUGCCUUUCAAAUACUUCAAACUGCUUCUUACCUUAUAUCCUUACUGCCAGCAAUUUGUAGAAUACAGACGCUAUAAAAUAGAAACUUUUUAUCUCUUGUAGUGACAGUUCAAUAAAUAUAUUUCAAGAAAAA